GGUAGGAGACAGGACAGUAGAUAGCAGUACAGGCUGUUUGGUAGGAGACAGGACAGUAGAUAGCAGUACAGGCUGUUUGGUAGGAGACAGGACAGUAGAUAGCAGUACAGGCUGUUUGGUAGGAGACAGGACAGUAGAUAGCAGUACAGGCUGUUUGGUAGGAGACAGGACAGUAGAUAGCAGUACAGGCUGUUUGGUAGGAGACAGGACAGUAGAUAGCAGUACAGGCUGUUUGGUAGGAUGGGCGGAUCCAGCUACUGACUCUGUUCACCCUCCUGUGAUACUGAGUAGAAGAGAAGUACCAGACUCCUUUUGGACCAGCAGAGCAGUAAGAAUCUCCCUUACAGCAGAUCUGGAGGAUGGCCAACGUCCAGGUGCCUGUUGGUAUGUCCUACUGUACUUUGGUGGCCAUCGGUGCGUUUGGGGACAGUCCUGUCCAGAUGACCUGUCCUACCUGUCACCAGACAGUGGUCACUAAGGUUGACUUCUCCUCUGGUGUCCUCACCUAUCUCUUCUGUGGAGGACUCUUCUUCUGUGGGUUUGUUCUGGGUUGCUGUCUCAUCCCGUUCUGUUUCGACAGGCUCAAAGACGCCAAGCACACGUGUCCCUCCUGCAAGACCCUCCUGGGGGUUUAUAAGCGCUUAUAAAGCCCAUAAUAACCAGCAGGAGACUCCUGUGUCUUUUGGGAAGCUAGCUACAACAUUGUGUCAUGUCUUCUGAGACAAGUUGCUCUUCCAACACAGUCUGUUGUUUGUCUCAGCUUCCACCCAGUAGAACUGCACAGCAGGCUACCACGUGUUUGAAAGACCAAUUAGUUUAACUCAAUAGAACAAUUUAACUGUCACAGAAUGUUGUCAUUGACAGUGUUCCAUUCCUUCCUGCCCUGUCCCUUGCUAUCUAGUUACCGGUUGCCUUGGCAACGGCAAAAAUGUGCGACUUAAAUUGUUCUAUUGAGUUAAAUCUAAUUUAACUGUCACAGAAUGUUGUCAUUGACAGUGUUCCGUCCCAUCCUGCCCUGUUCCUUGCUAUGCAGUUAACGGUUGCCUUGGCAACGGCAAAAAUGUAGGACUUCAAUUAGAUUUAACUCAAUAGAACAAUUGAAUUGUCAUUGACAGUGUUCCAUCCCGCCCUGUCCCUUGUUAUGCAAUUCACCGCUGCCUUGGCAACGGUAAAAUAUGUGUGCCAUAGAAAUAGACAACGUAGAAUGUGAGUAUUCAUGGUUUGGUGGUUGUUGUAUGAUCUGUAAGUUAUAUUACUCUAAUUGUCUCAAUGCAGCACUGUGAGUCUUUCUGAUUGAGUACUGUACUGGUUUGUUACUGUACUGGUUUGUUAGGAAUAAACUGAGCCCUGAAAAAUACAAUCAUUUCACAACC